UAUGAUAUAACGACGCGCAAGAUGAACGAAGUCGCGUUACCACCGUCGCCGAACUGGUAUAUAAACGAUAUUUUGUCCUGCUCGAAUCGAGGAACCGUGGCAUGGGGCGGCAAAAAUUUUAUCGUCGUCGCCAAACGGAACAACAACAACGACACUCUUCAAUAUUCUUUGAUCAAGGACAAUCAGAAGGAGAAAAUAACCGCGGUAGCGUUCCGUCCCGCGUCAAACGACGAUCCAGACAGUCCGGAAUUGCUGAUUGCCGGCGGUGACAAUGACAUUGUCAAGAUUUGGAACGUAGACACGUUAGAUUUAAUGGUCGAGUUUUCUUUCAACAACAAAGAUAAGACAACAGUAACAGGCGUUGACUGGUCGGUCAAGGACACCAAUCUCGCUUAUGCGGUGACUUCCGAAGGUCUUCUCAUGUAUUGUAACCUGCACUAUCAGAACUGCAAAGUGAUACCUUUGGGCAAGGUGUCGGCCACAUGUAUAGCUUGCUGCCCCCACAAUUCAAAUAUCCAGGCGGUGGGUCUUAAAGGCGGAUUGAUUUACAUUAUUGAAAAAGAAGCGAUAAUCUAUAAACUCAGAGGUCAUAACGAAGAAGUAGUCAGUUUAUCUUGGUGUCCCUCAGACACGAAUGUGCUGAAUGGAAAUGAUAAAAAAGACCUGCUUUUAGCUUCCGGUGCAAAAGACAAGAGUGUAUUCAUUUGGAAGGCUAAUGAGGGCAGGUACGAAACUGUACUGCACAUGCCAUCCGGUCCACUCAGUUCCACUCAACACAAGAGUAAACUCGCGUCAAACGGAAUUUGGAUUGCGGUGUGUUGGGUGGAACCCAAGAUUCUUCUCACUGGUUCGCAAUGGGGUGAGCUUCUUUCCUGGGAUCUGACUGUAAAAGACAGUAAAGGCAAACUCGUGCAUAAGCUGGUGCACUCGUACCACGGCAGGGGACUGUUCUGCAUAGCCACCGUACCCAGAGACAACAAAACGUUCAGCAAUUGGAGAGUUGAUCCCGGACUCACAAUCUGGACCCUGGCGCAAGAUCGCUGGAUCGUGUGUUGUAAGCAAUACAAUGAUCCCUCGAAACCGAUAGAACUGAAGUAUAAGAUACCUACGCAAGGGGGAUACGUUUACUGCAUGGAAGCCUGUGCCAUUGAUACGUCGCGCGUCGUGUUCGGCGUGGGAGACACGAUGCUGCGCUUGUGGAAUUUGUCUGAAUCCCAUACGACAACGUUUGAUGUGACCAUGUACUGGCAGAAAAUAAAAGGAAAAUUAAGAGCGUUGUCGUGGUUCCCCGAAAAUGAAUCCACAGUGGCUUUCGGCACCUCAGAAGGCCGUGUUGGAGUAUUCGACGCACUUGGCACCCAGAAACCACCUGUAUUGUACAGACAAUAUCACAGAAACACAAUUUAUAAAGUUGAAUGGGCGACACUCGACGAUACGUAUUAUUUGUUCUCUUGCGCGGAUGGGGAAUUAACAGCGCACAAGAAAUCCGAACCAAAUAACGAACCCAAGGUUAUAAAGAAGGGAUGCACGGAAUUUUCUUGGAAAUCCAAUCUGUGUUUAGCGAUUGCAUUAGAAAACGGAUCAAUUGUGUUCUACGACAAGAAGCUGAGGCAACGCGGCAACGUGAUACAUGUGUUGAGAAACACGGUAAAUUGUCUAGCUUGGCAUCCCGAUAGCACAACGUCAGACAUGUGGACGUCGUCGAUGGCGAACUAUUUGGCGAUCGCCUCCGACUCGAACAACAUAUUGAUCUUCGACAUGUCGGAGCUGUUGAAAGAAUUAGAGGCCACAAGCAACGCCGACAGCAUUUCGAACGGCAUCCACGACGAGCACAAGAUAGAAAAGGCGGUGGCAUCGUUGAACGUACAUUCCGACAAAGUGGUCUGCUUAGCCUGGAGUCCGCACUUCAGCGGGCAUCUGGUUUCGGGGAGUUACGACUGCACCGCUCAGGUGUGGAACGUCGAGAAACAGGAACUAAUCGGCACGUACAUGGGUCACGAAGGACCGGUGCUGUCCUGUAUGUGGAGUCCCUUGAAACCGCAGUUGAUAGCGACCGGCUCGGCGGACUUCACAUUACGUAUAUGGGACUAUACGUCACCGGAGCAGUCACCCAGGCCACCGUCUGGUGCCAAAGCAAAGAAGAAAGAAAAAAAGAAAGGAAAGAAUAAACCGGAGUCGUCAAAAGACAAUACGGAAACGCAAAAAGACUCGACGAGUUCGUUAACAACGGAUUCAGUCGAAUCUUCGAAACCUUUAGAAGUAGUUCAAUCGAACUCGGAACCGAAGUCGGAACCGAAGUCGGAACCGAAACCUGAAGUAUUGCUAGUAAAGAAAAAAGAUAAGAAAACUUACCUCAGCAAAUAUCACAGAGCAACGAACAGAUUUAAAAUCGUCGACAUGAUUAGAGACGACAUGAGAAAGAAUCAACGAAAAGAAGAAGACGAUAACGUCGCGAAUUUGUCGUUGUUUUGCGAAAACCCAGAGAAGCUCGCGGAAUUUUUCGACAAGAUAAUAUCCGAUCAAGAAACUCCGACUGGUGCAACCGAGUUGAGCGUCUGGUGGAACAGAAACAACUACGGGCGCAAUAUAACUCUCGAGAGCAAACUAAUGGCCGCGGCUAAGGAGCAGCAGCUGAAUGAUUACCUGGUUUCGCUCGCGCCCAGCGUCUCCGCGAAGAUGUGGAAGGAAAUGUGCGAGGCUUACGCGCAGCAGUUGAUAAAGCAACGCAAUGUGGAAAAGGCCGUCUCGUAUCUACUUUGCGUGCACAAGAUUUACGACGCCAUAGACGCACUUUUGCUCUUUAAAAUGAACAAAGAAGCCUACUUGCUCGCGAGAUGCAGACUGGAUACGGACGAUCUGUAUCUGAAGAAGGUGUUGGUCACGUGGGCGGAAAGGGCCAUAGAUACCGGCGCUCUGGAGGAAGCGGCUCAUUGUUACCUCAAGUUGGAGCAGUACGACAAGGCGGCGAAAGCGCUCGCUCGUCGAAUGGAACUGCCGUGCUUGGAAAUCGCGUCCGAAUUGGCGUUUAUGAGCGGAGACGAGGCGUACGGCAUAAGCAUAGCCGUGGACGCGAUGACGCGCUCACUCGGAAAAUCAAAGUGGCCGAAAGCCCGUUCCCUCAUCGAGAACAUACGUCAGGUUCAGUAUCUGAACGUUUACAUAGACGUUCACGAGCUUAUUAUGAGCAAGUACGGGGAACGUACCGAAUUGGAAUUGGUGCGAACGUUGUGCGGAAACGUCGAAGAAACAGAACCGGGAGUGUUUCAAGCUCUCGAAAAGGAAUAUAAUUCUUCUUAUUACGACGCUUUGCGCAAAAACGCUGCCACGAUCACGGGAUCAAACGGCGAAAUUAACGAUACGAUCAGACGACUCGAAAGUAUUUACAUGAUCGCCAUAGCGGCUACUUGCGACACAAAAGAGGCUCGACUGAAGCACAUAGCGACGGCAUUGGAUACAGCGUUGGAAUGCGAUAAAGCGAGACCGAGCUAUGCGAAUGAAUACGAAGUUGGAUUUUUCAUAUAUCUUCUCGCUAGCUUGGACACCAGGAAACCGAGCGAUGAAAAUAGUAUUUAUGCAAAGAGUAGUUACCUAGUUUCGGAGAGCGUACGCGCUUAUUUAUGCGUUGGCCUCCUCAACUGGUUGCUCAAGCACCUGGAGCAAUUGUCCGUUGAGUACGAGACCCAAAUCGCGGAAGCAAUAUUAAAUUUGUUAGACGACUCGAUAAACAAAGAGACUUUAUCUUAUCGGAAGAAGAUUAGCGAACUAAAUAAUCUGGAAAAACAGCUUAUGAUUAUCUUGAAUUCGGAUAUUGAUGAGAGUACAAAGGAACAAAAAAUGACAGAUCUGAACGAGAAAAUUGAGGAAUUGAAAUCAAUGAAAAGAAAAUUCGUGGAGGAGCGUGCCUGCAUACCAGAUCCCGCUUUUGUGUUUGACCAAGUUCGCGAAGUAUCUUGCAAAUUGCGCGAUGAUAGCAAUCGAUCUCGAUUUUUAUGUCACUUUGAUAAGUUACUCGAUUUAGUUUAGAUGUUUUUAUUUAGUA